CCUCACUAUUGGCGGGGACAGGCGCACCCCGAACCCUUCUCCUCUCCACCCGGUAUUCUUGUUGUCCCACAAAGGGCUUGCCUUGUACUAUGAACACCCCAUCGGUAUAAGUGAUGGACACUUCUGUAAAAGGGUGAAGCAGACACAGUGGAGCACUUAGAGCUUGGUCAGACACCAAAGACACUCCUAUGUCCCCCGGAGCCAUCAGCAGUCAUUCUGACUUUUGUCUUGCCACUGGCCUUUUGAAGACUGGAAGAGACUGUGAGGCUGACAACUUUCUGCCUCACUUAAAUACAAUUCAUGCACAAGUCAAGACAUCAGCCUCUGCUGUCAUCAGUCCUCUUCAAAAAUGGGUCACGGAGGGCAGGUGCCCACACCAAAGAUGGCAGCAGAGGCGACAAAGGACAUACCCCAGCCAGGGUUUAAGGGGGGAGGUGGGACUGAAGUGAUACUGAGCCAAUGGCUGAGCCAAAGGUAGGCGGGAUUUGCGGGGGGGAGGGGCGGCUUCGCGCAGGCGCCCUGUUCUCUCAGUCCCUGGCCGCCUGAGUCUUCUGAUGGGAUCCACGGGGCCCAGGCUUAGAAUCAAUACUGAAUCAGUUUCAAGGCUGAAGAGUGAUAUGGGCAAGGCAAUUGGAAAGAAGUGAUUUGUCCAGGUUCACACAGCUAGGACGUGUUGAAGCCAAAUUUGAACCCAGGACCUCCUAUCUCCAGGCCUUUCUGUCUAUCCACUGAACCACCUAGCUUCCCGGGGCAAGGAUGGUCUGGCCCUGGACGGGGCAUACGGAGGCAGGUACGCCGGCACCCCUGACCCGCUGAGGCCUGGGGCCGUGGGCCAUGGCAGGUCAGCCCCUGGCCUGGCUCUUCAGCCUGCCCACCGCUGUGGUCUAUGGUUCCUUGUCCCUCUUUGUCACCAUCCUACACAAUGUGUUCCUGCUCUACUACGUGGACACCUUUGUCUCUGUGUACAAGAUUGACAAGCUGGCCUUCUGGGUUGGAGAGACAGUGUUUCUCCUCUGGAACAGCCUCAAUGACCCACUCUUUGGCUGGCUCAGUGACCGUGUCUUCCUCAGCUCCCCACCCAGGGCAGGAGCUUCAAUCCCAUCCCAGGAUGUGGUUCUGACGAGGCUCCGGACCCUCAGCCGGCAUGGCCCAUUGCUGGCCCUGGCCUUCCUGGCAUUCUGGGUGCGGUGGGCACCCACAGGGAUGCAGUUCUUGCUUUGCCUGUGUCUGUAUGACGGCUUCCUGACCUUGGUGGACCUCAAUCACCACGCUUUGCUGGCUGACCUGGCCCUGUCUGCCCAUGGCCGAACACACCUCAAUUUCUACUGCUCGCUCUUCAGCGCGGCUGGCUCCCUCUCCGUCUUUGCCUCCUACGCUGUCUGGAACAAGGAAGAUUUCUCUUCCUUCCGUGCCUUCUGUGUGAUUCUGGCUGUCUGCUCUGGGCUUGGCUUUACUGGGGCUACAUGGCUACUGAGGCAGCGCUUUGAGACAGAAGGGAGGACGCUGGGGGCCUUGCAUUCAGCUUCCGAAGGCCUGGAUGUGGAGGAGCCAUCAGCAAGUGAAGAAGAAAAGAGGGUCACCCUGGGCGAGUACCUCCAGCAGCUGGCACGCCACCGAAACUUCCUCUGGUUCGUAGGCAUGAACUUGGUGCAGGUCUUCCACUGCCACUUCAACAGCAACUUCUUCCCUCUCUUUCUGGAGCACCUGCUGUCGGACCAGAUCUCUCUCUCUAUGGGCUCCUUCCUGUUGGGGGUGUCCUACAUCGCUCCUCAUCUCAACAACCUCUACUUCUUGACACUGUGCCAAAGAUGGGGCGUGUAUGCCGUGGUACGAGGGCUCUUCCUUCUCAAGCUGGGCCUCAGUCUGCUCAUGUUGUUGGCCGGACCAGACCACCUCCACCUCCUCUGCAUCUUCAUUGCCAGCAACCGUGUGUUCACUGAGGGCACCUGUAAGCUGCUGACCCUGGUGGUCACAGACCUGGUGGACGAAGACUUGGUGCUGAACCGACGGAAGCAGGCAGCUUCAGCGCUGCUCUUUGGAAUGGUGGCCUUGGUGACCAAACCUGGCCAGACUUUUGCCCCAUUGCUGGGCACUUGGCUACUCUGCUUCUAUACUGGUCAUGACCUUUUCCAGCAGCCUUUGCUGAACCCAGUGGGCAGUGCAAGGCCUUGGCUGGAUCCUCCUGCCCCACCCCGGGCAUCAACGUUACGUCAGGGAUGCUUCUACUUGCUGGUGCUGGUGCCUAUCAUGUGUGCGCUGCUGCAGCUGAUCACUUGGUCCCAGUUCACUUUGCAUGGGAGGCGCCUCCACAUGGUCAAGGCCCAACGCCAGAGUCUGUCCAAGCCCUGGGCUCUGGAUAUUAAGACUGUCUGAGGAGCCUCAAGGGAAGGCAGACCAUGGUGCUGGUUGCCAACUAUUCUCUUACCCUAGCCAGGAACUCUCCUCUGGUUUUGUUUCUCAGGUACAGCAGGGAUGUAACGUGGCCAGGGAGGAAGAACUCUAGGGUUUUCCCUUGGACCCAGAUGCUGAGGUCACAAUUCUCCAACCUUCUUACCUUCUGGCUUUUAACUCAGGGAGAAGGCUAUGAAGUGAGUCCUUGGGAUCUGGUCAUCAGCUGCUUAUCAGGAAUUGGGUAGGGCCGAGAUGGGGACAGGUAGACUGCCCUCCCUCCCAGUCUAGGGCUGCACCUGUCUGAUAUCCAAAACAGAUAUUGAAUGGAGCUCUCCAUCCCCCUAAUUGCCCUUGUACAGAGAGGGCAACAGGGAGGGCUGAGGGCAGACCCCUACAAAGGCCUGGCUUGGCUGUGCCUGCCUGGGCAGAGGCUGUUAGGUGGAAUUGUUCUCCAUAAGGACGGUCAUGUUGAGGAUGGGCAGUGGGCCGACAUGACUCCCAGAGCUUGGCCUGUCACUGAAAGGUGGUGGCACUUUGUGAGUGCCUGUGUCCCCCAAACCUGCCAUUUUAGGUCCUUUCUAUUUUGUGCUUUACUUCCCCCAGGAAUGGGCUCAUUUUGCAGGGACUCAUUAAAGCCAGUAAAUCAUU